GCAUGUCGUUUUUGCCCUUUCCCGUUCGAUUCGUCGCCAUCACCAACCUCCAUUGGCGCCCACCCGCAGAGCUCCACUUCCGCGAGACCACGACCACUCACUCGUCACCCUCCCCAUGGCCGCCGGCGUGAGCAGGCUUCCGCCGCGUCUCACCACGCUUGCGGUCUUCUCCUCGCCGACGCCGAACCCCUUCGGCCCCAAUAAGCGCGUCGCCAGGUCCAGGCUCAGGCCCCCGCCAAUCUCCAUCUCCAUGGACCCGGCCCUCGUCGACCCGGCCCACCUCCAGGCCCUCAUGCUCGCCUGCGCGCACUCCUGCGCCAUCCGCCUCUCCCCGCCGGAAGCCGCCGCGCGGCCGGAGCCCGUCGACAUCCGCAAGCUCCGUACCGCCGUGGCGCACAGCUUCCUGGUCGUGUCCGUCUUCUGCGGGACCAGGUUCUUGGAGGAAGACGACGGAGGGGACGAUCGGCGCUUCAUGGGCCUGGAGCUGGACCUCGGGCUCGGGCGGCGUGGGGAGCAGCGGCUCGUCGGGUUCGGACGGGCCGUCUCCGACGUGGGGCUCACCGCCUCCGUCCAUGACGUCGUGGUUCAUCCAUCAGUGCAGAGGAGAGGAAUUGGGCGCAAAAUACUUGAAAAAAUUACAAGGGUACUCCAUAGCAGAGGUAUUUAUGACAUUUCCGCAUUAUGCACAGGAAAGGAGAGGCCAUUUUUUGAAGCAUGUGGAUUCGGCGAUGAUGCAAUGGGUGCCACAACAAUGAUGUACACUAGAAACUUGUACGAAUAGCAUUCCUAUGGAUGGUUGGCAAUCUGCACAAUGAUACUACCACGGCUCCUUUUUUGCUGGUUAUUAUCUGCUGCCACCUGAGAAUGCCAACUGUAAAGAGAGUUCUGCUAUCCAGCAGUGAUUUUACCCCCUCUUAACUGGAUCCGGCAUCCAUGGUGCCCCAGCCUUUUUCUGUCUUCGAGGAAACCACUCGAAUAAAUUAGAGAAACUUGUGGACACGGUAGUACAGUUCACCUUUUUAUCAUGUGUGGAAGAUGGCAUUAUUUAGCAUGUUCAGAAUCCGGACCAGCGUUUGUAAAUUUACCGUUGAUGGUAAAAGCUUGCUGUGCUUACAGAGAUAAAUGUUUAUACACGGUGUUUUUGUCGUCA